AUGGAACAAAUAUGGUUGCUGCUGUUUCUAACAAUUAGAAUUCUUCCGGGGUCUGCUCAGUUCAAUGGCUAUAACUGUGAUGCCAGCCUCCACAGUAGAUUUCCUGCUGAACGAGACAUAAGUGUCUACUGUGGGGUGCAGGCCAUUACAAUGAAGAUUAAUUUUUGCACGGUACUUUUCUCGGGUUACUCUGAAGCGGAUCUGGCACUGAAUGGAAGGCAUGGAGAUUCCCACUGCAGGGGCUUCAUCAAUAACAACACCUUUCCCGCAGUGGUCAUUUUCAUCAUCAAUCUCAGCACCUUGGAGGGCUGUGGAAACAACCUAGUGGUAUCCACAAUUCCUGGAGUCAGUGCUUAUGGAAACACAUCUUCAGUACAAAUAGGAAAUAUUUCGGGAUAUAUUGAUACUCCAGAUCCACCAACAAUCAUCAGCUAUCUACCUGGGCUUCUUUACAAAUUUAGUUGCAGCUAUCCACUGGAAUAUUUGGUUAAUAAUACCCAACUUGCCUCGUCCUCAGCUGCUAUUUCUGUAAGAGAGAACAAUGGAACAUUUGUCAGCACUUUGAACCUGCUCCUUUAUAAUGAUUCAACCUACAGAGAGCAGCUGAUUAUUCCCAGCAUAGGCUUACCUUUGAAAACCAAAGUGUUUGCAGCUGUACAGGCCACUAACCUGGAUGGCAGAUGGAAUGUCCUGAUGGAUUAUUGCUACACAACCCCAUCGGGAAACCCAAAUGAUGACAUUCGCUACGACCUCUUCCUGAGCUGUGACAAAGAUCCUCAGACUACUGUCAUUGAAAAUGGCCGAAGCCAGCGGGGCCGAUUUUCCUUUGAAGUGUUCCGAUUUGUGAAGCACAAGAAUCAGAAGAUGUCUACUGUCUUCCUGCACUGCGUGACCAAGCUCUGCAGAGCUGAUGAUUGUCCGUUGCUUAUGCCAGUACGAUCCUGCAUAGCGCAUGCCCCUACCCAUCGCACUGUUAACACUCCUGAAUACAGAUGCACUAACGGAUACAACUCUGUAUUAGCAUAUGCUCUCAUGAACACAGCCAUGUGCACGUUACGUGUGGAUGAGACUCCAACAAACAAUUCACAGAUUGGUUCCCUGAGUGUGCCUCAUUUCCAGCUGAACACCAUCACCAGUGCACUGAUCUCAGGAUUAGUCAUUCUGGGAGUCAUGACUUUUUCCCUUCUCCUGUGCUCACUGGUCCUCCUACGCAGAAAGGGACCCACCAGUUUGGUGUUAAAUGGCAUAAGAAAUCCAGUCUUUGAUUAA